AUGCAAUCUAUCAAGUGUGUUGUUGUGGGCGACGGUGCUGUCGGUAAAACUUGUUUGUUGAUUUCGUACACAACAAAUGCAUUUCCCGGUGAAUAUAUCCCCACAGUGUUUGACAAUUACUCUGCCAAUGUCAUGGUGGAUGGUAAGCCAAUCAACCUUGGCUUAUGGGAUACUGCUGGGCAAGAAGAUUAUGAUCGUCUCAGGCCUCUGUCUUACCCUCAGACCGAUGUAUUUCUCAGUUGCUUCUCGCUUGUCAGCCCUCCAUCCUUUGAGAAUGUCCGCACAAAGUGGUAUCCAGAGAUCAGUCAUCAUGCACCCUAUAUUCCCAUCAUUCUAGUUGGCACUAAAUUGGACUUACGCGAGGAUCGUGAUACAGUGGAGAGAUUGAAACAAAAGCGCAUGGCUCCCAUCAGUUAUCCUCAGGGAUUGCAAAUGGCCAAAGACAUCAAAGCUGUAAAGUAUCUUGAAUGCUCUGCUCUUACUCAAAAGGGCCUCAAGAACGUGUUUGAUGAAGCUAUUAGAGCUGUCCUGUCACCUCCUGUACGACAAAAGAAGAAGAAUCCUUGUUUGAUUUUGUAG